CCAUACAUACUUCACAAAAUAUUCGCAUCCAACCCUAUUUUAUUGGACACUUUAUGUAUUAUAUUCUGUUUCAUUGAUAAGGAUGAUCAACCCGAGAGAUUAACAUUAAAAAAAUGUCAAAACCUUCCUUUAUCUUUCUAAUUUCAUGGCUUUGCUUGCUAUCAACAUUUCAAUCUUCUAUAUGGGUUCUUGCAAUCCGUUCUGAAACUGAUGAACUCGGUUUGCUUACUCGCGAGUUGCUCGAAUCAGCGAAACGACCCGAGUUCUUUGAUUGGUUGAAAAGGAUUAGAAGAAGACUACAUGAAUAUCCAGAAGUAGCUUUUCAAGAGUAUAAUACGAGUAAAGUUAUAAGAUCGGAGCUUGAGUCGCUUGGAAUCGAGUAUAGAUGGCCUGUGGCGAAAACCGGGUUGGUCGGUUCGAUUGGGUCAGGUUUGCAGCCGUGGUUCGGGCUUAGGGCAGACAUGGAUGCUCUUCCGAUUCAGGAAUUAGUAGAGUGGGAACACAAAAGCAAGAGCAAAGGCAAAAUGCAUGCCUGUGGCCAUGAUGCUCAUGUUACAAUGUUGCUUGGAGCAGCUAAAUUACUCCAAAUUAACAAGGAAAAAUUAAAGGGUACAGUAAAGCUUGUGUUCCAACCAGCAGAAGAAGGCCAUGCUGGUGCUUACCAAAUGUUAAAAGAAGGAGCUCUUGAUAAUUUCAAAGCCAUUUUUGGAGUUCAUGUUGCACCAGAGUUGCCGGUCGGUUCGAUUGCUUCUAAACCAGGUAUUAUUGCUGCUGGUUCAGGAAGGUUUAUAGCUGUGAUUAAAGGGAAAGGUGGUCAUGCUGCUCAGCCCCAUGACACGAGAGAUCCGGUUGUUGCAGCUGCUUUUGCCAUUCUUGCACUUCAACCAUUAAUUUCUCGAGAGAAAGAUCCUCUUGAGCCUAGGGUUCUUUCUGUAGGGUUUGUUGAGGCUGGCCAGGCCGCGAAUGUGAUUCCGGAGACGGUCAAAUUCGGAGGUACUUAUCGGAGUAUGACUACCGAAGGUCUCUUCCAAAUUCAGAAAAGGAUAAGAGAGGUAAUAGAGAAUCAAGCGGUUGUUCAUAGAUGCAGUGCAUCAAUAGACUUUAUGGAAGAAAAAAUGAGACCAUAUCCAGCAACAGUAAAUGAUGAAGCUAUGUAUGAACAUGUAAAGAAAACUGGGGAAGCUUUGCUUGGAGAAUCGAAUGUGAAACCUAUGAAAGCCUUCAUGGGAGCAGAAGAUUUUAGCUUUUAUGGAGAGAAGAUGAGAGCUGCAUUUUUCAUAAUUGGAGUUAAAAAUGAAGAUGGUAAACCUAUCAAAGGAUUGCAUUCACCUUACUUUUUUCUUAAUGAGGAUGUGCUUCCUGUUGGAGCUGCCCUUCAUGCUGCAGUUGCCAUUUCUUACUUGAAUGACCAUGCUCUUGACUCACAAUGACUGGCAAUUAGUUGUGUUGGUUAUAAAAUAUUUGGGUGGUAUCAGAUUUUUGUGUAUGUUCCAAUUUGGUGUUGAAAACUCUAACUUUGUAUAUAAAUGGCACUAAAAAUGUAAUUUCUGUUUAAAAAUGGUACUUUGUCUCCUUUGCUA